AUGGCAGACCUCCGAUCUUCCAGGUACGCGAGCCCCGCCUCUCUCCCUCCGCUUCCCGCCGCACUGGCUUGUCCCCUUCCCUGUCUUGCCGUUCCCGCUGCGCCUGCCGAGCGUCCGCGGGCUUUGCGCGUCCCCCCCAACCCCUGCGCGUUCUCCUUUGCGCGCUCCUCACAGGUGUCUGCAUUUGCAGAGCUUCACCGAGUGAAUCGAGUUCUUGCAUUGAGCACCUCCAUCCGUCCACCCCUCCAUCCCCGCUGCAAGCAGACGCGCUACGUGGUGUGGUACACGCGGCGGCAGCGGCAGCCGCCCGGGCAGCGCAGCGCGACGUCGUAUGAGGACAGCAUCCGCCGCAUCGCUGACUUCAGCACUGUGGAGGGGUUCUGGGGGUGCUACUGCCGCAUGGUGCGCCCAUCCGCGCUGCCCGCCCCCACGGACGUGCACGUCUUCAAAGACGGCAUCCGCCCGCUCUGGGAGGACGCGCACAACCGGCGGGGGGGCAAGUGGAUGGUGCGCCUGAGAAAGCCGCUCACUGCGCGCAUGUGGGAGCAGCUGUUGAUGGCGGUGGCGGGGGAGCAGCUGGAGGGCGCCGAGGAGGUGUGCGGGGUGGUGCUCAGUGUGCGCUUCGGUGAAGACAUUCUCUCCAUCUGGAACCGCUCUGCACCGCACAGCCUGGCGCGGGACAGGCUGUGUGAGUCGAUUCGGAAGCACCUCAACCUUCCACCAUCCUACACCAUGGUGAGACAUGCCUUUCGCCUUCAUGCCAUCCAUCACCCCCUCAUGCUAUCCACCACUCCCUCAUUCUGCUUGUCUCCAUGUGCCCUCGCGUCCUCACCUGCCCUUGCCUCAUCCCUGCCCUCACCUCCUCCCUGCCCUCACCUCCUCCCUGCCCUCACCUCCUCCCUGCCCUCACCUCCUCCCUGCCCUCACCUCCUCCCUGCCCUCACCUCCUCCCUGCCCUCACCUCCUCCCUGCCCUCACCUCCUCCCUGCCCUCACCUCCUCCCUGCCCUCACCUCCUCCCUGCCCUCACCUCCUCCCUGCCCUCACCUCCUCCCUGCCUGUGACGCCACCAGGAGUACAAGCCGCACGACGCCUCACUCAAGGACCAUUCCUCCUACCGCAACACCUGGGUGCGCACAUAGCCCACGGCCACUCUGCCCAGCGUGCUCGGCAAGGAGACAAGAGUGGGUGUAGCAUACCGUAG